UUUCACUUUUUAUUUUUUCUCGAGCUUUCAAUCAUCACUUUACAUAAGACGAAGGCAACUGUCUCUCAUCCUCCUCCUCCUCUCUCUCUCUCCUUUCUCCUUCCCUCGCUCUCUUCUGUAUUUUGUCUCUCUUUAUUGGUUACUUCAGAAAUUAGGGUUUUUUCUUUUUGGGAGAAUUGAAAUGCGGUGAGCCAUGGAGGAACCUGAAUCAGCCAAUUCCAUUGCUGAUCCCAGUGGAGCCAGCCUCCUCGAGAUUCAAUCUCCCUCUCCCUUAGCCCCUGUUCAGGAUCCAGAUCCUCAACCCUCCUCAUGUGAGCAUGCUCUUCUUGAUCACGCCGCUGACAAGGAUGAAGAGCAGCUGGAGCAGCUUCAUCAGCUGGUUGAGAAGCAGCUGCAGCUGAAGCAGCCCCUCGGCGAAGAGGAGGGGUUGGUGGUGCUGGAAACUGAGAGAGAUUCGAGCCAGUUAAAUGGCCAAAGAGAGGUUGAGGAGCAGUCGGUGGAGCAACAUACCAAUGGAGAGAGUGAUGUUCUGGAAGAACCAAAUGUUCGGAAUAUGAACGAGGGCGCUGAGACGGUGGAGGAGAAUGAAGGAGACGAGGAGUGGAAGCAGACAAAAAGUAAUGGCGGUGGGAUGAUUAGGCAGCACCAGUUUCCGGUGAGGCCUGAAGCCGAAGACUGCUCUUACUAUAUGAAGACAGGGAAUUGCAGAUUCGCCUCCAACUGCAAAUUUAAUCACCCGGCUAAGCAGAAAACCCAGGUGACGAGGGAAAGAAUGGGGGAGAAAGAAGAAUCAGCAGAGAGACCAGAGCAGAUUGAAUGCAAGUAUUACUUGAGGACAGGGGGCUGUAAGUAUGGGAAAGCUUGUAGAUUCAACCACUCAAAAGUGAGAACUCCAGCCGUCUUUGCAAAAUCACCAGUGGUGCAGAUUCUUGAGUUUAACUUUCUUGGUCUACCAAUCCGACCGGGAGAGAAAGAGUGUCCAUAUUAUAUGCGCAAUGGCUCGUGCAAGUAUGGGUCAAACUGCAGGUUUAAUCAUCCUGAUCCUACAGUGGUGGGGGCCAAUGAACAUUCUUCACCAAUUGCUAAUGGUGGAUCUUCAUCCAUCAAUGCUUCAUCACAUUCAAACAUACCACCAUGGUCUCCCCCACCGCCACGACCAGCACUGAAUGACACUCCCCCUAAUGUCCCAAUAUUGUUUCCCUCAAAUCAAAGCACAAGUUCCCAGAAUCUUGAAUGGAAUGGUCAUCAGGUAUUGAAUGUUAAUGCUCGUCUUAAUAUUUGUCUGUACAUUCUCUGUUUGUGGCUUGUCAAGGCUCCUGUAUAUCCACCGCCAGAGCAAGGUAUGGCUCCUUCUCAUAUGCCAUAUUUCAUGAUCAACCCUGCGAUAGGAACCAAUAUUUACAGUCGUCAGCAACAACCGAUGGUAGUAGAUGAGUACCCAGAGAGGCCUGGUCAACCGGAUUGCAGUUAUUUCUUGAAAACUGGGGGGUGCAAGUUUAAGGGCAACUGCAAGUUCAAUCAUCCUAAAACUCGGAUCACGAAAUCACCUUCCUGUAUUCUUAGUGAUAAGGGCCUGCCAUUGAGACCUGAUCAGAAUGUAUGUGCUUACUACAGUCGCUAUGGGAUCUGCAAGUUUGGUCCUGCAUGUAAAUUUGACCAUCCGAUUCAAGUGGACUCCUCAACAGGGUCUCUUGAUCGUCUUCAGUUUCGUGCCUUCGGAAACUCUGGCACUCACGAAGAAGAUGACAGACUUGCCGAGAACGUACGUUCAAAUAUCUGACUGCCAGGCAGCCCUUGUAAACUUUUUUGCAGCUAGGUGCUGUGUUGUAUCUUAUAGGAUCCAUACUGGUGAAGCUGGUUUCAGUACUACUUUUCUGAAACCCUGGAUAACUUGUGGAACCUUUCUUCUUUUUAUUAUUUACUGGGGUUGGGGACAGUGAGUGAGUGUUCAGCUGCCACAAGCUGUUCAAACUGUGGCAUCAUCCAUCGUUUAAGUUAACCAUGUGAUGUGUGGCUGGGAAAAGUGAAGGCAGGAUGUGUAAAUUCUCACAUUUUGAUGUCCAGAAAAGUUUACCAGUUAGUUUCAGAUACUUUCCUGUCCAAAAAAUAGUUUCAGUUACUUGCGUAAGCCCUUGUUACCACCAGAAAUUUGGCAAGCUUUUUCCUUUUGAAAUAUUCCAGGAUUU